UGUCCCUUCUUUCCCCUGCAGCGAGGAGGCCAAGAGCACCACCUGGCUGCACCCGGUCACCGGCGAGGCCGUGGUCACCGGGCACCGGCGGCAGAGCACAGAUUUACCCACUGGCUGGGAAGAAGCAUAUACUUUUGAAGGUGCAAGAUACUAUAUAAACCACAAUGAAAGGAAAGUGACCUGCAAGCAUCCAGUCACAGGACAGCCAUCCCAGGAUAACUGUAUCUUUGUUGUGAACGACCAGACUGUUGCGGCCAUGACAUCUGAAGAAAAGAAGGAGCGACCUAUAAGUAUGAUAAAUGAAGCUUCCAAUUACACCAUGGCUUCAGACUAUGCUGUGCAUCCCAUGAGCCCUGUGGGCAGAACGUCACGGGCCUCCAAAAAAGUUCAUAAUUUUGGAAAAAGGUCCAAUUCAAUUAAAAGGAAUCCUAACGCCCCUGUGGUGAGGCGCGGCUGGCUGUAUAAGCAGGACAGUACCGGCAUGAAGCUGUGGAAGAAACGCUGGUUCGUGCUUUCUGACCUUUGCCUGUUUUACUACAGAGAUGAGAAGGAAGAGGGGAUUCUGGGAAGCAUCCUGCUGCCUAGUUUUCAGAUAGCCAUGCUUACCUCUGAGGACCACAUCAAUCGCAAGUAUGCAUUUAAGGCAGCCCAUCCGAACAUGCGGACCUAUUAUUUCUGCACUGACACAGGGAAGGAGAUGGAGCUGUGGAUGAAGGCCAUGUUAGAUGCUGCCCUGGUGCAGACAGAGCCUGUGAAAAGAAUUACCUUUAAUUUCCGAGUGGACAAGAUUACAACUGAAAGUGCAUCAACUAAAGAAACCAAUAACAUCCACAACCACAGAGUUCUCAUUAAACCAGAGGUCCAAAACAAUCAGAAAAAUAAGGAAAUCAGCAAAAUUGAGGAAAAAAGGGCCUUAGAAGCUGAGAAAUACGGAUUUCAGAAGGAUGGCCAAGAGAGACCAUUAACAAAAAUUAACAGUGUGAAGUUGAACUCUCUGCCCUCGGAAUAUGACAGUGGGCAAGCCUGCCCACCUCAGAAUGUGCACUAUAGACCCAUCAAUGUGAAUAGUUCAGAUGGCAAAGCAGUGAACGUCAGCUUGGCAGAUGUCCGGGGUGGGAGCCACCCAAAUGCAGGACCCCUGGCCACAGAAGCUGAUCGAGUCCUUCAGAGAACGAACUCAAUGCAGCAGCUGGAGCAGUGGAUUAAAGUCCAGAAAGGACGGAGUCUUGAAGAAGAGCCCCGAGGAGUAAUUUCUUAUCAAACAUUACCAAGAAAUAUGCCAAGCCACCGAGCCCAGAUUGUGGCCCGCUACCCUGAAGGUUACCGAACACUCCCAAGAAACAACAAGAUCAGGCCUGAGAGCAUUUGCAGUGUUGCACCUUCUGGCCAUGAGAAGGCUGGGCCCGGAACAGAAGAGAAGCGGCGGUCCAUGAGGGAUGACACCAUGUGGCAGCUGUAUGAGUGGCAGCAGCGCCAGUUUUACCACAAGCAGAGCACCCUCCCUCGGCACAGCUGCCUGAGCAGCCCCAAGGCCAUGGGGAAGCCUCCUGACCAGAUGAUGCACUCCAUCCCCACGUCACCUUCCCAUGGGUCUGUAGCCGCUUACCCGGGAUUCUCCCCGCCGCGAACAUAUAGGUCAGAAGUGUCCUCACCCAUCCAGAGAGGAGAUGUCACGGUAGACCGCAGGCACCGGGCGCAUCACCCUAAGCAUGCCUAUGUACCUGACAGAAGGUCAAUGCCAGCUGGCCUGGCCUUAGCGGCUGUUAGUCCCCAGAGCCUCCAAGGCAGAACGCCAGAGGAGCUUACGCUGCUGCUCAUAAAGCUGAGACGGCAGCAAGCGGAACUGAGUAGUAUCCGGGAGCAUACCUUAGCACAGCUCAUGCAGCUGAAACUUGAGGCCCACAGCCCAAAGAAUGAAAUUCUUUCACAUCAUCUUCAGAGGAACACCAUAUAUUUGGAUCAUCAGAUGAAAGAAAAUGAACCUAUUAUCACCAUGGUUCACACAAUGAUUGAGAACUCGGCGCUAAGACCACAACUGUACCAACAAUUCUUAAGACAGAAGAACCAGAUAAGUCUCUAUUGUCUGUCACAAGAUGAAUGUAGAGGCCCAUUGUACAAAUCCAGACCCGAAGAAGUGGAUAUUGAUACCAAACUAAGCAGAUUGUGUGAACAGGAUAAAGUGGUCCGCGCCCUGGAAGAGAAGCUGCAGCAGCUCCACAAGGAGAAAUACACACUCGAGCAGGCCUUGCUGUCUGCCAGCCAGGAGAUAGAGAUGAAUGCAGACAACCCAGCCGCCAUCCAGACCGUGGUGCUGCAGAGGGAUGACCUGCAAAACGGACUGCUGAGCACAUGUCGGGAACUCUCCCGAGCCACUGCUGAGCUGGAACGAGCCUGGAGAGAAUAUGACAAGUUAGAAUAUGAUGUGACUGUCACCAGGAACCAGAUGCAGGAGCAGCUUGAUCGCCUUGGGGAAGUGCAGAGCGAAUCGGCAGGGAUUCAACGGGCACAGAUUCAAAAAGAACUUUGGAGAAUUCAAGAUGUCAUGGAGGGCUUGAGCAAACAUAAACAGCAAAGAGGCUCCUCAGAAACAGGUCUGGCAGGAUCAAAGCCUUUCUCAGCAGCUAAGUACAAAAGCGAGGAAGAGGAAGUAGUCCCAGCUCGGCCUCCACUUCCUCGGUCCUAUGACUUUACCGAGCAGCCUCCCAUAAUCCCCCCUCUGCCCAGUGAUAGCAGCUCCUUGCUCUGUUAUAGCAGGGGCCCCGUGCAUCUGCCUGAAGAAAAGAAGAUUCAUCAAGUUCAAGGAUAUCCAAGAAAUGGAUCUCACUGUGGUCCAGAUUAUAGACUCUACAAGAGUGAGCCAGAGUUGACCACAGUAGCUGAAGUUGAUGAAUCUAACGGAGAAGAAAAGUCAGAACCAGUUUCUGAGACAGAAGCUCCAGUUGUUAAAGGUUCCCACUUUCCAGUUGGAGUUCCUCUGAGAACGAUGUCACCCCCACCGGAAUCCUCGACGAUAGCUUCCUAUGUGACCUUGAGGAAGACGAAGAAGGUGGAGCUAAGAACGGAAAGACCGAGAAGCGCAGUGGAACAGCUGUGUCUGGCUGAGAGCGUUCGGCCUAGGAUGACCGUGGAAGAGCAGAUGGAGAGGAUAAGGAGACACCAGCAGGCCUGCCUGCGGGAGAGGAAGAAGGGACUGAGUGUCAUCAGUGCUUCCGACCAGUCGCCCUUACAGAGUCCCUCCCUUGUGCGGGACAAUCCUUUCAGGGUCACUCAGACUCUGAGGAGGGAGGAUACUGUUCAGGAGCUAGACACCAUCCACAGAGAAAAUGAUGGAAAGCCAGACCACGAAACUCCGGCAGCAGAAACUGUUGUACUAGAAGAAGCUGAACCGCGGAAGGUGAAACUCGGCAGAAAGCUUCAAAGAACUGAAAGUGUUUUUUAUGAAAUGCUUUACACGCCUGAGCCAAAUGGAAUUAAUUCUGAGGGGGUGACGGAAAAAGAAAGGCAUGAAAGUCAGGCACUUGAAGAUGUUCCCUGCAGCCCUCAAGAAGAGGCGGGGAUGACAAACCACCAGGCAGAAGGCCACCCAGAAGAAGUAGAGAACCAUCAUGAAGAGGAGGAAACUCUUGCUUCUCUAGAGCCACCUCCUGAGAUUCCUAGAGAGAACCAAACCACAGUGAAAAGUCUGUCCCCGUCUCCUGAGUCCUCCACGUCACCAGAUCCGGCCUCUCCGCCAAAGCUCACAGAAGGAUCACAUUUCAUGUGUGUGUAGUCUCAGAAGUAUGUCUUCUCCUUCUCUUUGGUUCCUUGUGUUAGGGGUGUUUUACUUGGAUUGUAUUCAUUUGUUGGAACAGCAGUCCAGGCCAAUUAACUCUGAGCAGAGUUAGGCCAGAGCAGCGUGUAUCUGAAGGCCAGACGGUAGCUCAGAUUUCUCACAUUCGCCUGGAGAGAUUCGCUCCAUGACUUUUUUCUCAGUCUCUCAGCCGAUGCCAGUCCCUCUCACUCUGGCCUGAUGCCCUGCCCGUGCUCAGGGCUGAAGAUGCCUUUGCAGUCCUUUCAUGCUCACGCGACAGUGUUGGGCACUGAGUUUGGCACCUCUGCCUGGCUUCGUGGGAAUUAGCCGCUCUUACACAGCCCCUUAGACUGAAGUUGUAGAAUUGAGGAUAACUUUUGAGUCACUGCUUCCUUUGCCUUUUGUUAUUAUUACUUUAUGUGUGGUGUGUGUGUGUGUGUGUGUGUGUGUGUGUGUGUGUGUGUGUGUGUGUGUGUGACAGGCAUGAGUGUACUGCAGUGAGUGUGUGGAGACCAGGGGACAACUUGGUAGAAUUGGCUCCGGGAUUUGAACUUGGGUUGUUGAAUGUGGUGGCAACAUUGCUGGGCUGUCUCACCGACCCCCAGGACGUGCUUGGGAACAAGGUAGACAUUGUUUUACCUAUAAUUUUGUGCUCAUAAGUAAAGAAUUUUCUUUUCCUGAAGAACUAAAGUAGAGCCCGGCGGUGGCAGUGCAUGCCAUUAAUCCCAGCACCUGGGAGCCAGAAACAGUUCGAGGCCAGCCUUGUCUACAGAGUGAGUCCUAGGACAGGCUCCAAAGCUACAGAGAGAAACCCUGCCUCAACAACAAACAACAACAAAAACCUACCGUAGAGUGAGAAUGUGUAUGCCUUUCCUCUGUUUUCGCAGCAUCUGCCACCUCUUUCGGUGCUGGGAGCUUAUUUUAGGUUACCAUAAAUUCCCAGCAGGCGUAAGCGGUAAUGCAAACACUCAGAAAGUCUUCCAGUUUCACCUGGCCAUUGUCACAGCAGGGCCUGCUGUCUGGAACCUGUCUUCACCCUCACUUUUCUAGUAGCCGUUCGCUGUGCCCAGAAGCGUUUGUGUCCGAGAAGCUCUAUCCGAGACUGUCAGUCAGCCUGCACUGGGUUGAGACGCUUGCUACAGUUCGGAGUCAACUGUUUGUUGCGACAGGCACCUCCGUAUCCUGCCUGUUUACAGGUGACACUGGUGGCAGAAGAACCCUAGACAAGGGGAAGUAAACACGCCCCGUAUUUUAGUGACAUUAAGAGCCAGUCACAGGGCCAGGUGUGAGUGCAUACCUGUGAUCCCAGCACCUGAGAGGCAAACACCAGUGGAUCUCUAUGAAUUCCAAGGGCCAAGGCUACAUAGUGAGACCCUGUCUCCAAACAAAAAACUGUCUCCUGAAUAUGUAGUUCUGUUGGUAGAGCGCAUACCUAACAUACACGAAGUGUCUAGAUUAAGUUCCCAGCACCACAAAGAAC